AAUAAUACAGAAUGUGGUGUUUAAUUUAUUUAAUCUUUCAGGCACACCAAAUGGAUGCACACCAAGACUGAACAUGCUCCACUUGCAAAAUGGAGUGUAUCGAACCAUUGGCAGGAUGAUGUCUACAAUAAUAGUGCAAGGGGGUGAACCACCUGCAUUCCUGUCCCCGAGUGUAGUGGACUACAUUGUGUCUGGGGACAUCCUUCAAGCUCAUGUGACACCUGAUGAUAUAGGUGACCCUGAUUUAAGGGAGAACCUCAAUAAGGUUCAACAUGCAACCAUGCAGGAUGAUUUGGACAAAGCAGUCAGCUGCUGUGACUCAUGGCGAUAUCAAGUAGAGGGGCUUCCACUCACAGUCACCAUGGCCAACAGAGAUGUGUUUGUGAAAAAUGCAGUUCUAUACCAUACUGUUCUGCAACGGCAGAGCUGUCUUGAUCAACUCAUUGAUGGCUUGUCCCACUAUGGAUUUUUAGCACUCCUGAGAGAGAACCCCAGCUUGCGUGUGCUGCUUGACAUACCAGGAGAGGACAAAGGUCAAGAAGCUGAUUUUGUAGCUGGUAUUCUCAAGCCAAGCUACUCGGUACUGGGGAGCAACAGAAGAGCUAAGGAGGAGUUGAUGGUGGUCAAAUUUAGGGAGUUUCUCCAGUGUGUUGAAAAUAAAGAGCUGAGAGACACAUAUGGGGACAGGACUCUAACCAACGAUGAGGAGGCAUUCCUGAAGACUUUGAGCCCUGGUCACAUCCUGGCGUUUGCUACAGGGAGCAGCAAAGUCCCAGCCAUUGGUUUUCAUCCAACUCCUAAAUUAAUAUUUAUUCAUGAUGAAAAAAAACAUCUUCCCAUUGCGCACACUUGUGCAAAUGAGCUUCACCUUUUUGUGAACACAACAACAAUGGCUGAUGAUGAUGAAUUUAACUACUGCUUCCUAGUAGCACUAAUGAAUGGAUCUUUAUUCAGCACCAUUUAAACAACGAGACGUUUAACAGCUAACAUAAAAGCACAAGGUGUAUUUUUUGCAAGCACAACUGGAGCAUAAGUGUACUGUCCUAGUUUUGAUUUUUACUGUAAAUCUACUACUAAUUUACUGAAAUCAGUUAAUUUGUAAAUGAACCGCUGCAGUGUAAUACACCACUGUUUAGUGCAGGACUCCCCAUGUUCGGUCAAACCAGGCUGCUGU